AUGGGUGUCACUGGCCUCUGGACCGUUUUGCAGCCUUGCGCGCGGCCAAUCAAGAUCGAAACGUUGAACAAGAAGCGACUCGCCGUCGAUGCCUCCAUCUGGAUCUACCAGUUCCUUAAAGCCGUGCGCGACAAAGAAGGAAAUGCGCUGCGAAACAGCCAUAUUGUCGGUUUCUUUCGCCGAAUAUGCAAGCUGCUCUUUAUCGGCAUCAAGCCCGUCUUCGUCUUCGAUGGCGGCGCACCAGCGCUGAAGCGACAAACUAUCAGCAACCGCAAGUCGCGCCGCGAGGGUAGACGGGAAGAUGCAGUCAGAACAGCAGCGAAGCUGUUGGCUAUACAGAUGCAGAGGGCUGCCGAAGAAGAGGAUAGGAAGCGGAAAGAAGCUGCAAAGCACCCCAGAGAGGAGCCGCAGCAGCAGGAAGAAGAGAUACCCGAUAACUUGGUGUAUGCGGAGGAGCUUUUACAAACAUCGGAAGAGCGUACACAGAACCGCACAUUCAAGCGCAAAGACCAGUAUCAUCUGCCAGAUCUGGGCAAGUCUAUGUCGGAAAUGGGCGCUGCGAACGAUCCUAGGGUAAUGUCACUCGAAGAGCUCGAGGAAUAUGCACGCCAGUUCGACAGAGGCGAGGAUAUCAAUGUCUACGACUUUUCCAAGAUUGACUUCGACGGUCAUUUCUUCCAAAGCCUGCCUCCAGCUGAUCGAUACAACAUCUUAAACGCAGCCAGGUUGCGAAGCCGACUCAGAAUGGGACACUCCAAGGAGCAACUUGACGCAAUGUUUCCCGACAGGAUGGCUUUCUCCAAAUUCCAAAUCGAACGGGUGCGCGAACGUAACGAACUUACGCAACGAUUGAUGAACCUCAACGGUAUGAACGACGAUACGUUUGGUGCAGGUGGUUUCAAUCGUGUCGCAGGCGAGAGAGACCGAGAGUAUGUGUUGGUAAAGAAUGACGGAGUCGAGGGCGGUUGGGCGCUAGGAGUUGUGCUGAACAAAGAAGAGGGCAAGGCACACAAGCCGAUCAACGUGGAUCUACCGGAGCGUCCUGCUGAAGGAGAUCAAGAAUGGGAAGAGGAUGAAGACUUCGAGGACGUUCCGAUCGAAGGCCUUAACCGACUGCCAAAAGCCAGGGGGGGUCUGAGUGCCCAAGAGAAGGAGGGUCGCGAGUUUAUCGCUAAUGAACUAGCGACGCGACGUAGAAAACUGUACAAUUCGAGGAAAGAGAGGCCAGCGCAGUCGAAACCACAGAGAGCUGCACCAGUAAACCAGGAUCCUGACUCCCUGUUUCUUGCUGAUGACAAUGAGGAGGAGGAAGACUGGGAAAAUGUACCAAUGAAUGGAGUGAACGAUAUGGACGAUGCAGGUGACGACAUUGAGAACGAACAAUUACAGCAAGCCAUUGCGUUGUCAAUGCAGCCAGAGAAGCAAGAGGUUGCCGAUGAUUCGGAGGACGAUCCAGUGCGUGAAGUCUUCGAGCAGAGACGCGCCGCCGAAGCCAAUCCUUUUGCUGGAACGAAGGGCUCUGGGAUGGCCAUCGCAAGGCUUGCUAACCAACGCAGUAACAAGCUCGCUCCGAAAGGUCCUUUUGAAGGAAGCGACAGCGAAGAUGACAUGGACCUUCAGGCUGCAUUGACGGAAUCUCGAAAGUCGAAAAGACCUGUAAAACCACGGCAAUCGUCGCAUAAGCAGCAGGACCCAACCCCAGCACCGGCUGUGAAGCCUGCUACCAAGCCGAAGAAUGCCGCUGGGUUUGAUGGGCCACUGCCUUUUGAGAGGCUCAACUUGGGCAACUCCCUUCUAGGCAAGAAGAAGAUGGACAAGCUUGAGGAGGACAAUGCAGGGGGCUUUGAAAAAGAUUAUGGGCAAAAGAAGGAGGCUGCCGUGCCACUUCCGCCAUGGUUUAGUGGCCAAAGAGAUAUUGCACAAGAAGUAAAUGCUCAGCGGCAAGAAGAGAAGCAGCAGUGGGAAGAGGCACGUCAAGAGGAAAAGUCCAGAUUCCAGUUCCAGUCGCUACCGAGCCUUCGAAAGCCAGAAACCAAGGAAAUUAUCGACCUCGAUGCUCCCAUUAGUCAGGGCCAGAAGCAAGUGGUUGCAAUCGACUCAGAUGAAGAGGCUGAUGCGGAGAUGGAAGAUGUGCCAAUUGAGGACCCUGAGUUGAGGAUGGGCGACCUUGCCGAUAAAGUCAAAGCAGAGCCUCCCAGACCGCUCUCUCCGGAGCAGAAGUCACCUCCUCGCCAGGAUCCUGCCUUAGUGAAGAAGACUCCGUUUGCAGACGAUUCCGACGAUGAGGCAGUGGACUGGUCCGAGAGUGAGCCAGAGGAUGAGAGACGCGCACAACAGAAAGCGACUGAUGAGGAGAAAUCAGAGCCACCCUCAAAGCAGCCUUCAAGACCUCCGUCCCAAGAAUCCGAAGAGUUCGAGGACGUACCGAUGCAAACUGAGACAAGCACUGCGGUUGAAGCUGCUAAGUCGCCAUCACCAGAGUUCAAAGAUGUACCUAUGCAAAGCGAGUCUGUCGCAGAGACUGUACCACCGAAGUCCCCAUCGCCAGUGUUCGAAGAUGUCCCAAUCCGUCAGCAAAGGUCACGCCGACCCCAAAGGGAGCUGUCUCCCUUGCAGGGCCCAGACGAUCUGACCAAGCCCAUCGUACCCCAUAGUGGCGUAGCGGACGACAAUGCGCAUUUUGAAAUGCCUGAAGGUCACGAGUCAGAUCAGUACUCUGACCCUGAGGACGAAGAACUCUUCGCGUCCCUUGCCAAAGAGGCAGAAGAGCACGCACGCUUCGCUCAAGAAUUGAGCAACAAUACUGCCGCGCGUGUAAACUUCGACGAUGAGCUCAAACAACUCCGCGCACAACAGAAGAAAGACCGUCGAGACGCCGAUGAAGUCACUCAGACGAUGAUAUCCGAGUGCCAGCAUUUGCUGACCCUAUUCGGAUUACCAUAUAUCACAGCUCCCAUGGAAGCAGAAGCUCAAUGCGCCGAACUUGUCAACCUUGGCCUUGUCGAUGGCAUUGUAACCGACGACUCCGAUACCUUCCUUUUCGGCGGCACUCGUGUCUAUAAAAACAUGUUCAACGCAGCCAAAUUUGUCGAAUGCUACCUCGCCCAAGACCUCACGAGCGAAUUCAGCCUCACACGCGAGAAAAUGAUUGCCAUCGCCCAACUACUUGGUAGUGAUUAUACAACAGGCAUCCCAGGCAUCGGACCCGUCACCGCACUAGAAAUUCUCUCCGAGUUCCAGGACCUAGAGUCGUUUAGAGCAUGGUGGGAUGGCGUUCAAAACGGUACUAUCAAGAAAGAAGAUGAUGCGAAAAAACCUUUCCGGAAAAGAUUCCGCAAGAACCAGGCUACAAAACUCUUCUUGCCGCCAACUUUUCCUGAUCCUCGUGUUGCUGAGGCCUAUCUUCAUCCUGAGGUUGAUAGUGAUCCUGAGCCGUUUCAGUGGGGUGUUCCCGAUUUGGCUGCUUUGCGCUCGUUUCUGAGUUCUCAGAUUGGAUGGAGUUCCGAGAGGACGGAUGAAGUGCUUGUCCCUGUUAUUAGGGAUAUGAAUCAGAGACAGAAGGAGGGUACGCAGGCCAAUAUCACUAGGUUCUUUGAGGGGAGUGUGGGGGCGGGAGCUUUUGCGCCGAGGGUGAAGAGCGCGGAGAGUGGGCCGAAUGGGAAGAAGAAGGGCAUUAGUGCUGCAGGGAAGAGAAUGGAGGCAGCUUUGACUCGAUUGGCACGGAAGGAUGGGGAGCCAGUGGAUGGAGUGGCGACUGGGAAUGGAGAGACUGAAGAUGCUGAUGUGUCGGCUAGCGGAGCAACGGGGAGGAAGAAGAGAAAGGCUGCGAGUAAACCCAUGUCCUUGGCUGAGAAGGAAGACGGAGACGCGGCUGCGGAUGUUGAGGAAGAGGAAGAGGAAGAGGAAGACGAGCUCUACAAGGAACCCACAAAGAAAAAGCCAAGGAAAGCGCGGAAAGGCAAAGCAGCCAAGUAA